GUCGUCGACGAAGCCGCCGAGGCACGUCUGCGCCGGCGGUUCGACCUGCGGUUGCUGCCUGUCGUCGCCUUGAUCUACCUGUUCUGCUUCAUCGACCGCGCCAACAUCGGCAACGCCAAGAUUGCAGGUGCGCCUCGAGCCUCGUCUGCGACGUUGUGCGACCAGGUCGUGACAGUCUUCCCCUACGUCUCGUACACGGUGUUCGAGCUUCCUCUGCAACUCGUCACCAAGAAGAUCGGCCCCGGCAAGACGCUCCCGGCCCUCGCGUUCCUCUUCGGCCUCUUCUCGCUCUGCAUGGGCUUCGUCCAGAACUACGGUCAGGCCAUCGGCGUUCGCUUCCUCCUCGGCGUCGCGGAAUCGUGUAUUUUUCCUGGACUCGCCUUCUACCUCUCGCGCUUCUACCGCAAGGACGAGCUCGGCUUCCGCCUCUCGUGUUACCUGGUCUGUACACCCGCUGCAGGCGCGUGCGGCGGCCUGCUCGCGAGCGGCCUGCUCAAGAUCGGCUCGAUUGGCCAGUACCGGUCCUGGCGUGUUAUUUUCGUCUUCGAGGGCCUGAUAACGAUGGUGAUCGGCAUCGUCUCGUACUUCCUGAUGCCGGAUCGGCCUGAGGCGUGCAAGUGGCUCUCGGACGACGAGCGAGGCGCGCCCGCUCAUCCCCUUUCCUCUUCGCGCUCAACGAGCCUUACUGACUCGUAUACUCCUGCAGCUCUCGCCGAGGUGCGCAUCAAGAGCGAGAACGUCGGUCAAGCGCAGGCGGUCGACAAGCUCAGGACGCGGGCAGUCUUGCAGGGCAUCUUUGCCCCGUCCACGCUCGUCGUCGCAGUCGUCUUCCUCUUCAACAACAUCACCGUUCAGGGUGUCGGCUUCUUGUACCCGACGAUCGUCAAGACCAUCUACCCGAACGAGACGACGAUCAACCUGCAGCUGCGCACGGUCCCGCCCUACGUCGUCGGCGCGUUCGUCGUCCUCCUCACCGGCUACCUCUCGUUCAAGACCAAGAAGCGCGGCCUGUACCUCCUCAUCUGCGCACCGUUCGUCACCGUCGGCUACAUCCUCUACCUGUCUUCUAUGAACCCGCAGGUUCGCUACGCCGCCGCUUUCCUCGUCGCGACCGGCUCGUUCGCGUUCGGCGCCAUGACGACGACCUGGGCGGCCGCCAACGUGACCUCGGACAGCGCUCGAGCCUCUGCCAUCGGUACCGUCGUCAUGUUCGGCAACAUGGGCGGCCUCAUCUCGGCUUGGACCUUCCUGCCCAAGGACGGACCUCGCUACGUUCCGGGCAACGCGUUCAACCUCGCCGGCAGCGUCAUCAUGUUUGUCCUCACUGCGGGCCUGUGGGCCUGGCAGGUGCGCGAGAACCGGGCCAAGGAGAACGGGCGCGACGACCACUACCUCGUCGGCAAGACGGAGGAGGAGAUCCAGCUUCUCGGGACCAAGAACCCGCACUUCCGGUACAGCGUCUGA